AUGGGGUCCCAGCGCCGUCAAACAUUCUUAGAGGGCCUCAUCAACUUCCCUGAAGCGGCACCCUUGACUACCGGUCAACGCUCUCAGGCCAAGGAGGGAUUUGAGCGCAUUAUCGAGUACUUUGGCAACAACAGCAGUAGCAUUGGGCUCCCGCAGCAAAUAUAA